UAAGAGGUCCUGGUGUCAUUGAAUUUCGGGCAGACUUGGAAACUUCACCAGGGUGAGAGUGGCUGUGAGGAAGGAAGGAAGGAACUGCAUUAAUUAAUUUGGAAAGAGACAGGCUGCUGCUGCUGGAAUAAGUCCGUGUAACUGUAGGUAGAGAUAUAACUGAAUUGCAAAGGACAUGGCAACCAUCAACUUGGGACUCCUGUUCAUCUUCGUCAGACUUGGCUGGGGUCUUCCCAGUUCCGUCCUGACAGUCCACCCUCAGAAGGCGCUGGUGGAACUGGGAGGCUCCGUCCGGCUGACCUGCUCCACAGACUGCCCCGGCGGCAAGGUCCAGUGGGAAGGCUUGGACAUUGAGCAGGGAGAAGUCUUCUCCAACAAGACUCACAGCAUCCUCACCAUCGCCAAAGCCACCGUCAGCAUGGAAGGAGCCAAGUUCUGCACAGGACAGUGCAGAGGGACCUCCGGACAGAAGAAGGUGGAUCUGCAGGUGUACUCUUUCCCCGAUGCCUUACAACUGGACUCUGAGCCGAAGAUUAUGAGGACGGGGCAGCCUGCUCGUCUCGUGUGCUCCUUGAGCAAGGUGUACCCUCCAGGCUCCCUGACGCUGACCUGGUUCCGGGGAGAGGAGAGGCUGGAGGCUACGAAGGUGGAAGACGACAUGGAGGAUUUUGAGCAGCAGCUGAUGUUUUAUAGCUCCGUCCUUGAGCUCCCGGCAGCCGCAGAGGAAGCAACCUACAAGUGCGAAGCUACUCUGGAGGUCGAGACGGACACCUUCCGCCAAUCCAGGGUGGCCGUCGUAAACCCCCAAACCACACAGGUGCCCAGUGCUACAGAGGAGGCCACUUUUGCUCUCGUGGCGGAAAGAAUGAGCCGCGUGGCUACUCAGGAGUCGGCCAUCACUGAGCCGCCAGCGACCACCCGGGGCCUUCCCCUUCUCUCCACCGAGCCGUCGACCGCUUCUCCAACCCCAGAACCCCUUCCGGAAACGAGUAGCCCUUCUCCGACGAGGAAUCCUGUUGCGGCAGUGCAGACGAGCUCUCAGAAUUCUGGGGCCGGGGCCAACACCAUGCAAGUCCCUGUCUUGACAUCGACGGAGACCCCAGCGACUUCGCAACCCCCUCGCUUGACACAUGAGCCACCUACCACCACGCCCGUCCCCGCCACGGCCAGCAGCCUCGCCACUCGUGCCGCCGAAAAGCCACGCAGCUCCUCCGCCACCACGGACCCCUCCAGAGACCCCUGUCGCGCAGUCAUCACCCCUGACCCCACCCAAGGCAGCACGGGGGGCACCCUGCGGAUCACGUGCCUCACGGCCGACUGCGGCAAAGACGUCCAGGUCCGGUGGGUGGAGACGCCUGUGGCUAAGUCCCGGUACCGCCAGGAAGAAGCUGAGGGCCGGUCCACCCUGGUUGUGGAGAGCAUCUCCCUGGAGCAUCAAGGAGUCUACCGGUGUGUUGCGAUAGCCAGCCAGCCUCGCAUGGCCAGCUUGACCAUCUCCAUCGUGCCUAAUGCUACUUUCAGCACAGAAACCGCCGUCGCCAUCGGAAGCACCGGCUCCCUGUUGGGGGUUGUCAUUACCGGUUAUGUGGCCCGUCGCUUGUGGCGGAGGCGCGGCUAGGAUCCGGCGGCUCUGCCGACACCCGCCUGUUCCGGCGCUGUUCUCUCUGCAGCAGUUACCGUGUUUUCCCCCUGAAUUUUUCUGGGGCGCCUCUCCUGCCAGCUGCUGCUACUAUAGGGGACCCGCAGGACGACUCGAGAGGUUUCUUUCCGCGCUUCCUGGGGUCACAGAGAAGAGGCAAGUCCAGCAGAGGCACCCUACCACCCCGGCAGAGGGUGGUCGACUUUCCCCACCCACCAAUCCAUAGCUGUCAACUUACAGAUUUGAAAAUAAGGGACCAGCAGCCUCGAAAAUAAGGGAUCAGCAGCCAAAAUAAGGGAUUUUCAAAACACAGGUAGGUUCAACUUCUGAGCCCCUCCGAGCCAAAGGCAGAGAGCCCAGCCAGCAGCCAAACGAAGCCUCAAGCGGUGGUUCCCACAGCGCAGCAACCCGGCAAAGGGGAUGCAGCAAGGAAAACCACCUUCACCUCUCCGCUGGGAAGCGCUGAGCAAAGGCGAGUCCCCAGGCAACACGGCCGAUUGGAUCGGCACAAGGCAUGCAAGCUCCACCCCCCCAGUCGUUCUUAGACUCCUUAUUGGGUGAGCAACGCAGCCAAGCAACACAGUUGGAGCCUCCCUCCUCCCUGGCCGGCAGGGAGGGAGGGAGAGGAGCUGCUUCCUUUGAAACCCGGGAAAUUGAAGGGACAUCUUCAAUAAGGGACAGCAGUGGGACAUGGCGCUGGGAUAAAGGACUUUCCCGCCAAAUAAGGGACAGUUGACAGCUAUGCACCAAUCGACAGGAACAACUUCUGCCAAGACUGAAACCAUACGCCGGAAUCCUAAGGGGUUUAGGAGGUCAUCCGAGUCUAGCUGUCCAGUCAAACGCUGGUCCCUCCUUGACAUUUUUUGAGGCCGCGACCCUAAGCACAGGUUGCUUCUGACCGCGCUUGAAAUUUAGUGAGUUUUGAGCUGGCCUUUUUUAGGGUUGGGGCAGCGGGCAGGAGGCGAACAGAUGCUCCAGAGUUUUGAACACUGCAGAAAAGAGACAGGAGAGAAACUAUCCCUAGAGGUGUGGGCCCAACAUCGCCGCCAUUUCUCCCUCUUUCCCAAAUCUUGGACUCAAGACAUCAAUAGCUGGGUUUGCUGGCUGGCCAACAGACCCCAAGCACAAACCAAAUCAGGUAUUUCUUUGUGGACUUUUAAUUCUCAGGGACGCGGGUGGCGCUGUGGGUUAAACCACAGAGCCUAGGACUUGCCGAUCCGAAGGUCGGCGGUUCGAAU